CCAAGCAGGCUUGGGCGAGUGAGUAGGCACUGGUGGCCAUAUCACCCUUGCCCCCUAAAGCUUGGGGUCGGCCUCGGAUUUUGGGUGAAAGCCCGGUGAGAGAGAGACGCUUGCCUGUCUCAGUGACUCCACUUUAUUCUCCUACUAAUUUCAUGCUUAGCUCUUGACACUGAACGAGGUUUUGGAAGACAAUCUCUCCCUCCCUCCCUCCCUCCCUCCCUCUCUCUCUCACACACCCUUUAUGUAGUCCGUCUUCCUUGUCUUCUUCUUCCACCACAGUUCCAUAAGUUCUACAUUGUCUCCCACUUUGCUUCUUCCCUUCCAAUUUACUUUCUGUCCUCUUGUUUUGUUUUUCUCUAGAGACAGAAACACUGGAAUGGAAAUGAAACGACCUAAUAUGUGUUUCGAUUUGUAACUAUGUUCGGUAACACGCUGUUUCGCUCUGUUCCUUAAAUUGUUUUCUCUACAUUAACUGAGAAACAGAGGUUCGGCCCCUUCGCUUUGUUCUUCCCUAAGGUCGUUUUCCAAACUUUCAACACAUUGCUUUGAUCAUGGAUUGAACAGGAGUCCGUAUUUCAAGGUGCUGGUUCAGAACUAUGGUUUAGUACAGUUAUUUACUCUCCGGCUCCAUUUUUCAUCCUCUGAAGCCUCUUUAAGUUAAGACCUGUGAGAUAAAACAUAGUAAACAUCGAAGGAAGAGGUAUACUUAUCGUCAUUGAAUUAGAGAUAGCUAUAUGAAGCUGUCGUAACAAUGAGAUAUGAGAACUCGAAGAAAAGCAAGUUUUCGUGGCCCAAAACAUUGGUCAAGAAGUGGUUCAAUAUCAAGAGCAAAGGCGAGGACUUUCAGGCUGACGAUGUCCUUUGCGGAGGCGUUGAUGAAGAGUGGAGGAACAACUAUCCAGAGAGGGUGGCGUGCUCCGUCAAGAGAAGCAAGACAGGUAGAUCAAGCAGCAGGAGGUACUCGAACAAAUUGUGGCGGGGUAAGAUUGACCUUGAUGCUUCUCAGGUUAAAGAUGUGCAUAACUAUAGGAUCUUCGUUGCUACGUGGAAUGUGGCUGGAAAAUCUCCCCCAAGCUAUUUGAAUCUUGAAGAUUGGCUUCACACUUCUCCACCUGCUGAUAUCUAUGUCCUUGGGUUUCAAGAAAUUGUACCUCUUAAUGCCAGUAAUGUAUUGGGCACCGAAGACAAUGGCCCGGCUAAAAAAUGGCUAGCUCUCAUUCGGAAAACUCUAAACAGUCUUCCUGGAACAAGUGGUGGAUGCCACACUCCAUCACCAAUCCCUGAUCCACUUGUUGAGUUAGAUGCUGAUUUUGAGGGAUCGAUGAGGCAGAAGGAAACCUCUUUCUUCCACCGGAGGUCCUUCCAAUCCUUAAGUCGGAGUAUGAGAAUGGACAGUGACAUGUCACUAUCACAACCACAGCUCGAUCGCCGUCUGAGUGUAUGUGAUAGAAUGAUCUUUGGCCAUAGGACUAGUGACUAUGAGCCCAAUUAUAGAUGGUGUUCCUCAGAUGACGAAAAUGGACCUGGUGAUUCCCCAGUUAUAACACAAUAUUCACCAGUGUCAUACGGCGGUUCAUUCUCUGCAGAUGACAGAGAUAGAUCGACAGGGCAUUCAAGAUAUUGUUUGGUUGCCAGCAAGCAAAUGGUUGGGAUAUUUUUGACAGUUUGGGUGAAAAGUGAUAUCAGAGAUGAAGUUCACAACAUGAAAGUGUCCUGUGUUGGCAGAGGAUUGAUGGGUUACCUUGGAAACAAGGGUUCGAUUUCGAUUAGCAUGUCUCUGCACCAAACAAGCUUUUGCUUCAUCUGUAGUCAUUUGACUUCUGGACAAAAAGACGGUGAUGAGCUAAGGAGAAAUUCAGAUGUCUUUGAGAUUCUUAGAAAGACGAGGUUUCCCCGGGUUCACCGCAUGGGUGAUGAUAAUUCUCCUCAGACAAUUCUGGAACAUGAUCGAAUAAUUUGGCUGGGGGACUUAAAUUAUCGGAUAGCACUUUCUUACCGUGCUGCAAAAGCCCUUGUUGAGAUGCGAAAGUGGAAGGCAUUGUUAGAGAAUGACCAGUUGCGUAUAGAGCAGAGACAAGGCCGUGUCUUUGAAGGAUGGAAUGAGGGGAAGAUAUAUUUUCCUCCCACCUACAAGUAUUCUAAUAAUUCAGACAGAUAUGCAGGUGAUGAAAGACACUCGAAACAAAAGCGGAGAACCCCAGCAUGGUGUGAUCGUAUAUUGUGGCAUGGAAGAGGCCUCCGCCAAUUAUCCUAUGUUCGUGGAGAGUCAAGAUUCUCUGAUCAUAGACCAGUAUAUGGCAUAUUCGUGGCAGAAGUAGAGUCCAUAAACCGAAGCCGGAUCAAAAAGAGCUCCAGUUGCUCUAGUGCCAGGAUUCAAGUAGAAGAGUUGUUGCCACAUUCACAUUCUCACAGCUACACUGACUUGAAUUUCUAUUGAACAUCUAUAUUUCUUACUCCGUGACAUCAAACUGACUACUUGAGGCAACUGAGGUAUCACGCUGUACCAUAUAGGCGGACAGUGGACACUGCUGCGAGGAAUGCUGGCCCCGAUGGUGAUGGAGACAUUUUAACUCGUGCAGUCCUAAACAAGACUGGUUUCGUCCAACAACCUCUGGCUCCACAUGUUUUUUGCGGCUCCAAGUCUCUAACUUUAUGCACGCCCAAGUCCUAUCGUCUCUUUGUUUUUUUCUGGUUCGUAAACCAAACGCAUCUCAUGAAGUUGGUAAUGUGAUUGGCGUUGAAUUGUUCCUCAACAUAUCAGAGAAUAUCUUGAGUUCUUGACCCACGGUCUGUGACCAUGCAGCCUCGAGUGUUACUGUUACUGAUACUGUGCGGUGGGUUAUUUUUGAGCGUGUGGCAGAAACAGUGAAGAAUUAGCGAUGUGAUGGAUACACCCAUUGGUUGUGCUGGAAAAAAGAGACGAAGCUUCUUUUGUUCCUGGUAGCAGUUUCAAUGAUUUCAUUGAGAAGUAAUAAAGAUAAUGGGUAAAUGUAUUUUUUAAACUAUACGUUUGUUCUUCUUCUUCAUCAUAAACAGCCCAAGUGGCUUUUCAUUAUUGUUUUCCUGGAGAAUUUUAAAUUUUGACAUGCUUUUUGUGUUGCUUUCAUUCUCAUGAAUGAAUGACUUUUCCUGAGUCAAUGUUGGGCGUAGAAUUGGGGUGAGUGUAGUUGGUUAUCAUUACACGAUUGAAGAUGUGAGGGAUGAUGGGGACAUCCAGGAUGUGAGUCGUGAGAUCUUGACAAAAGUUUGAGACUUAAUAAAGACCCCAAUUAUUGUUUUA